UACCUGCUAAUAUAACUGCAGUCUGAGCUCCAGAAGCUAGCUUUUCCAGUUUUUAAUUGUUCCUAAAGCGGAAAGAAAACAAUGUCGUACAAUAACUCUGAGGAUGAGGAAUAUAACAAACCCUUUAACCCAAUCGGGGAGUACAUAGGGGGGAGGAAUGAGGCCGGGGAGAGACACGGAGAGGGUGAAACCCGGCUGGCCAACGUUUAUCAUGGAGGCUAUGUCAACGGAAAAAGACACGGACAGGGAACAUACAGUUUCAAGAAUGGCGGAAGGUAUGUAGGAGAUUAUUCCCAGAAUAAGAAACACGGACAAGGAACGUUCUACUAUCCAGAUGGAUCUAAAUAUGCAGGAUCUUGGGUUGAGGACCUGAGAGAAGGCCAUGGUGUCUACACCUACUCCAAUGGAGACACAUACGAUGGAGAAUGGCAGCACCACCUGAGACAUGGUCAAGGUGUUUAUAUUUUCAAAAAAAACGGUGCAAAAUACAAGGGCACAUGGGUGAAAGGCAACAUGGAGUUGGCUGGGGAAUACAUCUACACCAACUACAGAUACCAGGGCCACUUUAUCAACAACAGGCCUCAUGGACCUGGAAAGUUUGUGUUUGACCAUGGCUGUGAACAACAUGGAGAAUACCAGAAAAAUAAGCAGCCCCAGGAGACUGAGCACACGGAUGAAAACAGUUUCACUGAGGAGUCAGAAGCCAUGGAGGAGGAUUUCGAUGCUGCCCUCAGGUGGAUUCCUAAGGGUAUUACAACACUGACAUCACCGGCUCCUGAAAAGGAAAAAUGAAAUGAUCACUAGUAAUCACAUGUGGAUAUUUCUGUUUCACACUUUUAUCAUUUAUUAAAUGUUUGAAAAAUAAA